AUGCUUUAUUUAUUUGUGACUGCUGUAUUAUCAGAGAAUAUAAAGUGCUUUUAUCCUACGGACAAUGAGCAACAGCCUGCAGAGUAUACUUUUCAAAUAGUUUGUACAAGCUGUAGGGAAACACACGAUUCUCCAGUAAGGAUCAACAGGUUUGAAAAGCAUGUAAUGCCUGGAAGUAGGGGUGAAGCAUCAUUUCUAAUGAAAUGCAGAUUCUGCAAUAAGGAAUGUUCUAUUAAUCUUGAAAGAACUGAAGAAGAUCUUUAUAAUGUAGCUAAUGAGUCUAACGUUGAUGUGAUAAAAAGGUCUAUAGCUGCUAGAAAAAAGCGAGGCCUUAAGAACUUUGAUUCAAAUAGUGCAGUUUGGCUAGCAUUGGAUUGUAGAGGCUGUGAUGUUUUAAGUUACAUCGCAGCAGACACUAAGUUUUCAGUGGAAUUGGUAUCUGGCAAAGUAAUGGAAUGUGUGUUUGAUGAAGGUGAAAAUGAGUGGUAUGACUAUGACGAUGAUGCAGGCGAAGAAGUGUCAAUUACUGAUCUAAAGUUAGAUAUAUUUAAGGGUAAGUAA